AUGUUCAAAGAGGAAAAAAGGAGACAAAAGAAAAUGCUGAAGUUGGCGAAGAAAGACGCAAAGAAAGUGCGGAAGGCGGAGCAGCGGCUGCAGCAGCAAAUGGCGAAGGAAGACAAAAGGGCCCUCAAAAGGAGACACAAAGAAGAACUUCGGAGACAAAAAAAAAACCUCAAAACCCCACACCUCCACCUCCCCGCUGUCUCCGCAGACGGGCCACAGCCCCUCGUCCUCGUCGACGAGACUGUCCACGCCACCCCACAGGUGGUGACGGAGACGAUGUGCACGCAGCCCGUGGUGCAGGAGCAGCAGGUGCUGCUGCAGCAGCCGCCGACGUCUUCGCUGGCAGCAACAGCAACAGCAGCAGCAACAGCAGCAGCAGCGCUGGACGCCCAGCUGGGGCUUCCAGCAGCAGUGGUGGUGGAGGAGGCCCCUGGGGGCCCCCCUGGCGUGGCCGUGACUACUUCUUUGCCGGUGGGGGCCCCCGCGGCGGGGGGCCCCCCCCUGGGGGCCCCCCUGGGGGCCCCGCUGGGGGCCCCGCUGGGGGCCCCCGGGGGCCCCCCCGUGAGCAUAAGGGAGCGGCUGCUGAUCCGGCAGCCGACGGGUCCGCUGCCGCCGCCGGGGCUGGAGGAGGACUUGGCAGGGGGCGCUUCGGCGAGUUCCGCAGCAGCAGCAGCAGCAGCAGCAGCAGCAGCAGCAGCAGCAGCAGCAACAGCCUCCGCCGCC